UCGGAAUCAGAGCUCAGAGCGCCUCACUGUUAUCGCCACAGACACAUCAAUCGGGUCCUGGUUCUCGGUUCUCGGUUGCUCAUAUACUCACGCUAGUAGAAAAACAAAAAGAGCCCAAAGUACCCUGCUUUUGAAAUGGACACCGCCAACCAGCUCGCUUCUGCGGGGACGUUUCAAGUACUUAAAUUACCUCUGGGAUUUAUCCGUGUUUUGGAAUGGCUCUUUUCCAUCUUCGCAUUUGCAACAUGUGGCGGUUAUACUGGGCAGCUGUGGGUUAGCGUGGACUGCAUGGAGAAGGCCAGCAGCAACCUCAGCAUUGGCAUUGACUUUGGUUAUCCUUUCAGGUUGCACCAGGUGUCCUUUGAAGCGCCCAUGUGUGAAGCCAUGAGGAGGGAGCGUGUUUUCCUGACCGGAGACUAUUCAUCCUCUGCUGAGUUCUUUGUCACCAUUGCAGUCUUCGCCUUCCUUUAUUCCCUCAUGGCUGCCAUUAUCUACAUCUUCUUUUUAAACAAGUACCGCGAAAACAGCCGAGCACCACUCAUUGACUUUGUAGUGACAGUAGUGUUCUCCUUCUUGUGGCUGGUCAGUUCCUCCGCUUGGGCCAAGGCCCUGUCUGAUGUCAAAGUGGCCACCGAUCCAGAUGAGGUGCAGCUUCUCAUCUCUGCCUGCAAAGACCAGAUCAACAAAUGUGGAUCUGUGCAUGGACCUCGCUGGUCUGGACUCAACACCUCAGUGGUUUUUGGGUUUCUCAACUUUGUUCUAUGGGCUGGAAACAUCUGGUUUGUCUUCAAGGAGACCGGCUGGCACAAGGGUGCUUCAAGAUUUGCAGCCGGGGCGUCUGAGAAGCAGGGCGGCACAUUUAGCCAGCAGUCAUACAACCAGGGAAGUUUUGACCAGUCAGGGAGCUACAACACCCAGGGCAAUAUGGGUCAGCCAUCUGAGUACAGCCAGGUGGGAGGGCCCACUUCCUACCCCAGUCAAAUGUAAUUGUCUUUUUUCAUUUUGCAAGUAGCACCUCAGCGUCUUUAAGCAGGGCAAUCAGGCGUGAUAGAAGAAGACGGAAGUAAAGUUUGUCUGUGCAGAAUACAAAACGGUGGUCAUAAAACCAAUGUCGGUGUGUCCAAGUACACUCAUUGUAGAUACAAGUGUUGUUGGGUAAAAUUAUUAGAUAUAGUCUUUUACUCCUUCUCUUUCAGAGGUGUUGUUUGCUGAAUGCUGUAUUUCUUGUAGUCUGAAACACAUUAGUAACAGUUUCUCUCUCUCUCUCUCUCUGUGCUCAGUAAUUGACAUACAAUGUUCUGAUUGGAUGUCUUUUCCAAAGUGGUUUCCAUUCUGUCGUGGAAGGAAAAAGUACUCCGUGUUUGUAUACUCCAAAGUUUCCAAGUGCAUGAUGUUUUAUGUGUUCUAAUACGCUUUCUGUGAAACAAAGGGGGGUGGGGGGACAUGCAUUUUAUCUCUGAAAGUUUACACCCUGACUGAUUACUAGACGUUCAUCAGUUAAGUAUUACUACAAGUGUAAUUUGUUUUUAAUCUAAUAAGAAAAAUAUUUUGAUAAUGGGAAUUCACAUAUCAAUUCAGAAUAAAUUCUGUGAUUUGUCUGUGACACAAAUGCAUUCCAGCUUCAUUCUAACACUGGCUAUUGACGGUGUCAAAAAGUCUUCAAAAACUAAGGCAAUAACUUCAUUCUGCAAAACAUACAGGGAAUGUGCAAGAAAACCAAAUUCUAUAUGCAACCAUUGCAGCAUGUAGUUUCUGUUCCUUUCAUUUUCAUUUCUUCUGCACAGGCAGCAUCACUUUGGCAUUUUAUUUGUAAAGAGGGAGUUUGUCUCCCCUUAUUGUUUGCAAGUGGCUGCUCCUGCUACAAAUGCCUGGGACUGCUUCCUAUGCCAUCGUCAGACUGAUGAGUAAUUCCAGAUCCAAGUUCCACCUCUCUAAAGCAUGACCAGAGCAUCCACACACACACUAAUAAAGCCCAGCAAAAAAGCUAUAGUGACAACAGAAGACUAGUGAAUAUUAGAUUCAUCUGUAUAUAAUGGCUACUGAGCUUUAGUUUACUUUAAAAAUCACAGUUCCUUUCUGCACCACAGAGGUGUGACUUCAUGUAUGGUAAAGUCAAAAUCAAAGGAUAAUGCGUGGUUGCUGUUUGUUUACAUUAAUGAGACUUGUGCAACCCUGUUCUUUGAACUUCUAAGCAUGUGGCUCGCAUCAGUGUAAUAAAGUAGACCGAACAUCCAUGCACUGUAUAAUAAUCUGGCAUCCUUGAUGACUGUGUACAGGUCAGGAAUUCAGGAAUUCAUCCUAAUAAAAUGUAUAAAUUUGUCCAUAAACGACUUCUUCAUCUGUUCUGAUAUCUUGAUUUGAUCUGUAACCUCUGACCCUUUUCCUUGAUUUCCCAAGAACAAAGCAAGGACACACUGCUGUCUUUCUGUUUGAUAUAAGAAACAGUGAUGUGCACUGCAAACUGAGACACAAAUGUAUGUGGUGUCUCUGCGUGUAGGUUUUGGAGUGUCACUAGAACAGUUCAUCUUUUACCGUACCUUGUUCACGUUCUGAACUACACUAUAGAAAAUAAAGCAAAGAGCAAUAAACACAUCCAUGGAUUUCAUCA